CUGGUCUUCACUGGAUAUGCCGUAAUUAUCCUGUUAUCACUGAACGAAAGAACAACACGGCAGGUGUAGAGUGUUCGAGCCCCCUCAAACCCAAUAGGCCAGUUGAAGGUGUUUUCUUUCACCACAUUUUCACCCGAAAUAUAAAAGUAAUCCUGACACAGAGUGCUAUAAAUGGCUUCUUUUGCCGUGUAAAUAUCAAAAAAAGUUGAUUUAUUCAGUUUGGGAACCAAAUGGUUUUCGAAAAUAUGAUUAUUUAUCAACAUGACACUAGGUAAUCACACGUUCGUGUUAACUUGAAAUAUUCAAUGAUUUAUGCCUUGAUGUUGGUACUUUCCUUUAGUUUGGGUAAAAGGGGGGGGGGUGGGGCAUAGGCAAAACGGGACGUCCCACGAACAUACAUCUACUCUCUGUCAACCGAGACACGAGGAGAGCUCAAAUCUUUUGUAUGUUCUCUUGAUUCAAUACCGGCUACAUUGAAGUAGCAACAUAGUACUGAGAUAUACUCUGACAAGAGUGCCACCCUUUGUAUGGUGUUAUCCAACUCGUACUCCCUCGGAAAGACUGCUCGACUAAACAAGGUAAGAUCUUUCCUCUACUUCAACGUACAUUAUAUUAUUGUUACAUUGUUUACAUUGAAACAACAUUUAAAUUGAACAUAUAUCUUGAUUCAAUGCUGGCUAAGUUGAAGUAUAUACAUGGAACAGAUAUAUACUCUGAUAAGAGUGCCACGCGGAGAACUUCAGCUUUUGCACGGGCUUAAUCCCUCGGAUAAACAAUGUAAGAACUUUCCUCUAUACUUGAACGUACGUUAAAUUAUUAUCAUUGCAUUUUUACAUUGAAACAUCGUUUAAAUUAAACAUAUUUUAUUUUUACCAGAGCAGCAAACAACCACUAUAAUGGAUGGAGAUAUAGUUAGACUGAACAACAACACAAAAUUAAGAAUUGAAAUUGUCAAUGGCAGUGUCAUUGGCACUAUAGCCAAUACUGCUACAGGUGAAGGGAUAGUGAUAGACAGAGAGGGAUUGACUGCAUUGAUGCAGUCUUUCGGAUUGUUGCUCAGAAAGUGCGAAGAGGCAGCAAGACAAAGGGCCCACGAACCAGUGGUAGUUGAAGUGAGUGACGACGACGACGACGAUGACACCACCCCUAGAUUGCCGGGAUUGAGGCAUUUAAGAAGAGUGCUAAACUAUUCCUCCUCUUCAUCUUCUGAUGAAAGUGAAGAUGAUGAUGAUGAUGAUGAGGGGAUAUUCACCUACCAAGGAGACUCUGGCUCCGAAAAUUCAAUUCCUUACGAGGAAGAAAACGCCCAAGAGUGGUCCUGCGACUGUGAGACAGAGUCCGAGAUGGACGCGUUAGAUAUGGAAAGUGAGUUUUUUCAAAAUGGAGAUCAGCCUGCUAACAUGGCUGAAAAUUCAAUUCCUAAUUACGAGGAAGAAAACGCCCAAGAGUGGUCCUGCGACUGUGAGACAGAGUCCGAGAUGGACGAGUUAGAUAUGGAAAGUGAUUUUUUUCAAAAUGGAGAUCAGCCUGCUAACAUGGCUGAAAAUGAAAUUAUUGAGAUUUCAGAUAUAGAGUGGGGAAGUGACUUUCCUGAAAAUGAAAUUAUUGAGAUUUCAGAUAUAGACUGGGGAAGUGACUUUCCUGAAGAUGAGUCAGACAGUCAGGACGAUUCCAGCUGACUAGAUAAGAUGCCGAUGGAGAUAGUACACAAAAUAGCCAGCAAUUUAACUCUCCAUGACCUGGCCAGUUUGAAAAGAACGUGCAAAUCGAUGAACGCUUUCACAGAUUCAAGCGCGUUCUGGAUGAACAAAAUCCAAAAAGACUUUAGCGCGAACUUUAUCAUAGAUGACGCUAGUCAAUGUAAAAAUGUGUAUGAAAUUCUAAAGGAAUGUUAUGUAAAUGGAACAUUUUCCAUUUAAUGUAUAUAGUUUAUAUCAUGUUUAUAUAUAUAUAUUUAAUGUUUACUUCUGCUCUGUUAUAUUCUUGUUCUUUUUUCAAAUAAAUUGUGACUGUAAAUCAGCGUUUUUAUACAUUUUGUGAUGAUGAAGAUAAUAAUGAUGAGUUCUAGCCAGUAAUUGAUUAAGUACUAAAAUGAAAGGAAAUGCAUUGCUAUCUAGCUGUAAAUGGUGAAAUCAUCACCAUUAUCCUCAUUGCUGAUUAUUUAUUCUCUUCAUGCAAAGUUAUGCACUUGAUAAAUUUCCGUUCCCAUUCCUACUCCGAACGAGGCCCGGCUUCUCAUUUUAUCAAUUUUAAGCCACUGAGGUUUGCAAUCAUAAAGAUAAUUAAGAUAAUAAUGAUAAUAGUAGAAAAAUUAUAUAUAUAUAUU